GCCGCCUUGACAGCCCCUGCCCAGAAGUACUUCUGGAUCAGGCGAGGCGGGGCUGGGCUGGACUGGGCUGGACUGGACUGAGCAGCGCAAAGCGGAGGGGAGCUGAGCCACCCCUGCCCCUGGUCGGUCCCGGGCAAUGAUCGAUGGAGGCGAGCAGCCUCCUCUGCCCGGCGCCUGUGUGAGGGGGCGAGCCCAGAGUCCCUGCUGCUCAUUGCACAACCACCGCGGCCAGCUCAGCAGCCGGAGCCGCCGCUGCCACGGCCGCGCGGGACCCCUGGAGCCCUGAAGUUUGGCCCUUCGGUCCCCAAGAGUUACUUUGCGAGGCUCCGUCUGCUCCGGCGCCGGUAACUGACAAGACGCGGGCGCCCCGGGCAGUGAAUGCAGCCCAGCCCCCAGCAGGGCAUUGCCAACGCUCCUACUUGGUCCCCUGCCUCAGAGCCAGAUGAAGCUGGCAUAGCACCUGAAACUGAUCUCCCACCUAGAAGAUCAAAAUGAAUCUAAAUUCUUCCACCCAAGAGACUAUUAAAAGAAUCCAAGAUGACUGCCCCAAAUCAGGAAGACAUAGCUAUAUAUUCAUUAUGGUUCCCACCUUAUACAGCAUCAUCUUUGUUGUGGGAAUCUUUGGCAAUAGCUUGGUGGUUAUUGUCAUUUACUUCUACAUGAAAUUAAAGACAGUAGCCAGCGUUUUCCUAAUGAACUUGGCUCUGGCUGACUUGUGUUUCUUAAUGACUUUGCCACUCUGGGCUGUUUACACUGCCAUGGAAUACCGCUGGCCUUUUGGGAACUGCUUGUGUAAGAUUGCGUCCGCCGGCAUCAGUUUUAAUCUCUACGCCAGCGUAUUUCUUCUCACCUCCCUGAGCAUCGACCGCUACCUGGCUAUUGUACAUCCGAUGAAGUCCCGCCUUCGGCGCACCAUGCUCAUGGCCAAAGUGACAUGCAUUGUGAUUUGGCUGCUCGCUGGCUUGGCCAGCCUGCCUGUUGUAAUUCACCGCAACGUUUUUUUCAUCGAGAAUACGAAUAUCACGGUCUGUGCUUUUUAUUACAAAACCCACAACUCCACACUGCUGGUGGGGCUGGGCCUAAGCAAAAAUAUUUUGGGCUUCUUGAUUCCUUUUCUGGUGAUUCUGACAAGCUAUACUCUGAUUUGGAAGACCCUGAAAAAGGCUUAUGAGAUUCAAAAAAACAGGCCAAGAAAUGAUGACAUUUUCAGGAUCAUUAUGGCAAUAGUCCUCUUCUUUUUCUUUUCCUGGAUUCCGCACCAAAUAUUCACGUUUCUGGAUGUUCUGAUUCAGCUGGGCAUCAUAAAGGACUGCAAAACCAUAGAUAUUGUGGAUACGGCAAUGCCCAUAACCAUCUGCAUAGCCUAUUUUAACAACUGCCUGAAUCCCCUGUUUUAUGGCUUUUUGGGAAAGAAGUUUAAAAAAUACUUUCUUCAGCUCCUGAAAUACAUACCACCCAGUUUCAGAUCUCAAACGACAAAAAUGAGCUCUCUUUCCUAUCGGACAUCAGAUAACUUAAGUUUAUCUGCCAAAAAGUCCGUUGCGUGUUUUGAGGUUGAGUGAUAGGCUUGAAACAUGGUGCUGGAGUGAUCAUAUGAGCAAAAUUUUCAAAAAAUGUCAAGGGUUUACAUCCUUGGAUAGUACUCUGCAUCUUUGUUGAACGUUGGCAGAUUUCCCAACUCCGAUAAAAACAUGCAACAUGUUGAUUGAUGUGAACAGCCUUUCUAAACCUCUGAACAAAAUUCUUCAUUCCUUCUACAACAAACAGAAACAAACUUGAGAGAUAGCAUGGCAUUGAUGAUAGAAUACUGGACUUGGUGUUAAAAAAAAACCAAAACCUUGGAUUCUAAUCCUGCUUUAGUCACUUUCUACCUGCAUGGCCCUGGGAAAAUCAUUUGACUUUUCUGAACCUCUGGUUCCUUGUCCAAAAAACGAGGUAGUUGGACAAGAUGUAAGAUCCCUUCCAUCUUUAAAUCUUUGACCUAAUGAAAUUUAAAUCUUCUCAAGUCAAGCUGAACACCAUUUUCCAGUGGGUAGAAGACUGGGAAUUGUAGAAAGAUGUCAAAAUGUGAGUCAGCCAUGCACUGACUUUUCAAAAUUCUGGUGGCAAAGUAAGAUUCUGCUUUCUCUCCUUUUUCUAUAUUCUUUUGGGGUCCCCUCUGCCCUGCUUUUAUUAUUAUAGGGAACUUUUAAUAUGAAAACUCCCUCUACCAGUGUAGAUGAGCAACUUGUCUGUAACUCAAGAGUGUUUGAGAGUUCUUUGGGAGCAGUUAGAAGUGACUUGUUCUUGCAUCAGAGGCUCUGCCCUCUCUCAACUAUAAUAUUCCCCAAAGAAUGCAAAUGAGACUUGGAGCAGGCUGUGAGACUUCAAAAGACCCAAGCAGGAGAGGAGAGCAGGGUUACAUUGCCACACUCAAUUUCCAAUGUGCGGUAUUUGGGUUCCUGUUUGGGUUAAGUAGCAUCUAGAGUUGAUUUGUAAAUAGAACGCCAAAUUUUCUUUUCAAGGCUCCAAGAUCUUUUGUGAAGCUCAGCUGGUGUGUCUUGAAGAUUUGUCACUGCCAAUGCAAUUUUAGUUAAACUACAUCUUUGUGUAAAAACGUGGUACAGUGUUCAUAUACAGAAGGUAAACUACUCAUGUGUAUUAAAGUAUUACUCUGGUCCUGAACUGUGUUCCCUGUAAUACUUGUUUUCUUUUGUAUCUGAAAAUAAAAAUGAGAAAUCUGUCCCUUCUGGCACAAAUCCCAUGUCCCUUUCAAAACCUAGGUGUUCUGUCUGCAUACUUAACUGUUUACUGUUGUUCAGUUAAAAUAUGACAAAGCUAUAACUACCAUAAUACGGAACAAUCUUAGUUUCAUGUAUUUAUCUUUAUUAUUUUAAUAUAUUCAUUUUUGGAGUUAAACACAACUGUGAAUAAGUAUGUACAUAAUUUACACUCAAUUAUAUCCGUAUUAAUGUAGCUUAUUGGUAACUUGGCAACUGCCAUAUAUAUGCUUUCAUGUGAAUGUGUAUAAACAUAUAUGUACUUAUACAUACAAGUGUAUACCAUCAUUAGAAAGCUUUAGACAGUAGCUGGUUAUUUACACUGGAAAAUAGGAGCACCAACAUAUACCUUCCUGAAUAUUCUAAAUAGUUUUCAUGUAACACUUAAAACCAUCUUCUAGUGUUAAAAUGUUAAAUUUCCCUUCUAUUCAGGUUGUUUCCUUAUGUUUGUUCUAAAAAAAAUAGCAUUUGGUGACCAAAUAUUGGAACAUAUCUUUUUAUUUCUUCAAUAAAAAACAUUGUCAACAACUAA